GCGAGACAGACAAGAGUCAUCGUUGGAUUUCUAGAAGAGAUAGACAACGAGGACAAUCUGUUAAUCAAUUAAUCGUGAUUAAGAAGAUAGAGUACUGUGUUUUCCCUCUUCACACGGUCUUUACAUUGAUAAUCCGAGUAUGCGCACUGAACGCCAUUGUCUGCCAGCAGCAAGAGUGAGAGCGAGCGCGCGGAUAUGAUAGUGCAGGGGAGCGGCAUACAUUGACCCGAAUCUCCGGGAACUGGAGAACAAGUGGACUCGGACACACAUCGUUGGAAAGACAUACUGGUAGACAGACAGCAACAGUUGUCAUUGCUAUGAUCAGCUGAGCCAGUCAAGGCAAAAUAAUAAAUGCAAAUGUGGUAGCCUAUUGCGGAGAAGCGCGACUGUCGGAUACGUUUGUUGCGCUUUGUGUUUGUCAUCCCUGUUGUGAUUUGGGGCAGGCUACCUGUCAUUAGCUGUGAGGGAAAACGUGUUGCUUAUCUUUAUCAUUUUGUUUUUCUGUCAUUCGUUUGACAUCAUCCUAUAGAUUCUAGUUUUUCUCGGUUGGUGGGAAUCAAAGCAUUCAGUCGCUCAUGUUGUGGUCAGGGAAAUGGGCUGUUGCGUCUGUUAGUCAGACUUGACAACCCAGAUUUUUUUUAGGUGCCGUUUUGUCUUUGGCAAAGGGCGAGAAGUCCACUGCAGACAGGCGUGUCGGGGGCGAUUCCAGUGACGGCUCGACUCUCUGCGGAGCCCCCAUUUCAACAACCCCCACCCAUUUUGCUCGGGUGYUUUGGAUGGGGGGCAAGCAAAGUACGGCAGGGCGGCCACGGGGUGCUUUUCCCGGUGUCUCGACGGAUGACAGCGCAGUGCCGCCCUCGGCUCACUUUGGGCACUACCGACCAAGUGGCACUAUGGGGCUACGCAGCCGCUCAGUGAGUUCAGUGGCUGGGAUGGGCAUAGAACAUAGUCCUGCGGUGCCCUUUGGGUUUUAUACCCCCAGAGGAACUGACUCGGACAGGGCGGGAGGGGGGUCUGGCACUAACGCUGCCCAUGGUAACGGCUACCAGGAAACAGGCGGCGGGCAUCACACGGACGGUAUGCUCUAUCUGGGAUCCCGAGGGUCGUUGGCAGACACCUUGCCCCUGCACAUUGCACCCCGGUGGUUUAGCGCCCACAGUGGGUUCAAGUGUCCUGUCUGCUCCAAGUCUGUGGCGUCCAAUGAGAUGGAGGUGCACUUCAUCAUGUGUCUAAGCAAGCCCCGCCUGUCCUAUAAUGAUGACGUGCUAGCAAGGGAUGCCGGGGAAUGUGUGAUCUGUCUGGAGGAGCUGCAGCAAGGAGACACCAUCGCCAGACUGCCUUGUCUCUGCAUCUAUCACAAAAGCUGUAUAGACUCCUGGUUUGAGAUUAAUCGGUCCUGCCCUGAGCAUCCUUCAGACUGACUGACCUCUGUGCUGCUAGUCCUACUACUCCAAGCCCUAGAGACUGCCAGUCGGCCCAACCAGGCUGACCCCUCCAGGCAAACUGCCUCACCAGGCCGCUUGUCGCCCCACCCCAGCCAGCCAGUUGCCCCACCACAUGCCCUGGCCCCCUGCUCUGCCCUCCAUUCUGCCUCCAGAGUCUAGCGGUCCCUGGCUCCCUGUCACUCAUCUGGAUCCAGUCCUCGCAUGGCCUUCACCGGAAGAGACGGGGGAGGAGGAAGAAUCGGGCUGGAUGCACCCUGUGUGCCAGGGAAAGGUCGACUCCCAGGACGUUGUCUGAUCAUCCGACAGACGCCCCCCAAUCACCAGAGUUACAGCACCCACCCACUCACUCAUUAGCUGGAGUCACAUGUGCUUCUCUUAGUCUUCGCUUUGAGGUGGAGUAGCGGUGUGUGAGGUGCAGAAUUGGCGGGGCAGGGUCUGUCUGUGUAGGUUUCUGUUUGGGUUGUGUGUGGGUGGGUGGGUGGUGUCAGGGGUGUAGUUUAUGCUUCUAUAUGUGUUGAGGCAGUGAAGAUGCCAGUCAAACUACACUUGUUCUGUGUGUGGAGGGGGUACAUUGUUUAUGCUUGGUGGUGUGUGAGUGUGUGCUUGUGUGGAGGGGGUACAUUGUUUAUGCUUGGUGGUGUGUGCUUGUGUGGAGGGGGUACAUUGUUUAUGCUUGGUGGUGUGUGAAUGUGUGGAGGGGGUACAUUGUUUAUGCUUGGUGGUGUGUGAAUGUGUGCUUGUGUGUUGUGGGGGACAGUUGGGGUUCGUUGGUUUACGUUCUAUGUGCUGGGGCGGUGAGGAUGUCAGUCACCAUACCUGUGGUGUGGUUGGGGUGAUGAUGAUCUCUGUAGUGUGAGAGCCUGAUUUGCUAAAGGGUCAAAUAGAAGUCUGAGACAAUACUGUGUGUUGGUCUGUGUUUGAAACGUUUACAAUUUAGAUGUCCAUUUUCCCUGUGUGACUGUGUCCUUUCUCCCUUUAUUUCGCUAAUGUUUACAGUUACAGAAAAUUGACAUGACAUACUCUAUGUACUUAUUUUUGUCCGCCAGGUUUUUGUUGUGAUGGGGAGACAC